AUGACUCGAUUGAUUUGUCGAAAUCGGAUACUUUCUAGCUUUCAAGUAAGAAGGUGGAUACUUCAAGAACUGCGUCCAACUAAUGAUAAUAAUAGUUGUUUUGAAUGUGGUGCUCUCAAUCCACAAUGGGUCAGUGUCACAUAUGGAAUAUGGAUCUGUUUAGAUUGCUCAGGGAAACACCGGGGACUCGGAGUUCAUUUGAGUUUCGUUCGUUCAAUCACUAUGGACAAAUGGAAGGAUAUUGAAUUGGCUAAGAUGAAAGCUGGUGGUAAUAAAAAAGCAAAGGAAUUUCUUUCCAGUCAACCUGAUUGGAACCCUUCUAUGCCACUGAGUGAAAGAUAUAACUCAAAAGCUGCUGCUUUGUAUCGUGAUAAGAUCGUCACAGAAGCAGCUGGUAAAAGUUGGUCCAUUGAAUCUUCAACAGCAAAAGACUAUGUUUCGCGAGUCAUUCCUAGUUUCUCGUCGAGUUCGGCUUCCAAUGCAUCUAAAAAUAGCGGAAAACAGUCAUCUUGGGAUGAAGACGAAUGGGCUGCAAGUAGCUACCAAAGUUAUAAUCAUGAGAAUGUAUCUCGUCAGAAGGAACUAUUUUUUGCAAAAAGCAACAAGAAAAUGCUUCUAGACCUGAAAUCACAACUUUUUUGUCAACAUUCGAUCGAAAAUUAUUUUGUCAGUGAUCUCCCGCCUAGCCAAGGAGGAAAAUAUUCCGGGUUUGGUUAUCUGGUCAAUCUGAUUACGUUUGAUAAGCACGAAAUCUCCUCUUUGUCUUUUAUAAACAUGUGAACAAUCCUCUGUCGACCAAGAGGAAUGAUAGGCGUUGAAAUCCCCGACAAUUGGCACCAUAUCUGCUCCUGGCAAAUUCCUUGCCAUGUCAAAAAGUUUAGUAAUAAGCGUUUCAAACCUCUCACGAGGCAUGAUUUCCGUGUUGAGUGUCAAAUAUAUCGAAAAAAUACACAAUUUCAUAUUGCUCCAUAGCAAAUACGCAGCACAUAACAGUGCACAAGGUAUCCUGGGAACCGCUCGUAAACUAAGAAAAUCAUUUUCAUAAAUUUUAAUUGUGGAAGCAUGAGGGUCAACGUAAUCUAUCGUUUGUAUAUUAGCUGCAUCUCGAUUUGACACCUCCACUUGAAUAACCUCAGUAUAUACACAUAAAUCAGCAUCAUUGUUUUGUCCAUGUGAAUCGAGGAAUUCUGUGGCUCGACGCGUAAGCCCACAAUUGCCAUAACACACCUUCAAUGUUUUCAAUGUUUGCAUAUUGGAUAAAAAAAACUACACUAGGAUCGAGAUUUGAUGAUUACAACUAUAAUUUGGACUCUCGAAACAGAAAUACUUGUUGACCUGAGUAUUUCUGUUUCGGUCAUGUUGGUGUGAACAUUUAGUUACACAUUUAACAUCUAGAUUUCUUUAGAUUAAAAGCGUUCUUCCGAUGGCGGAACAGAAACUGUUGCGAAACGAAAUGGAAAAAGGUUUAUUGGAUAUACUGAACAUCACGCUACCGUGCGGUCAUGAAUGUCCAAUAGAGUUAAUUGAACCUAAUUACUGCUUCCACGAUAAAGAAAUCAGUUAAGUUCAUUUUAAUUUUUACACCAAAAUCAUUUCAAAUCAUGAUUUUAUUUUUAUUGCUGACCCUUUCAAACUUUUACAAAUACACCGUAAUCAAUCAAAAAUCUGUAGCAUCAAUUAUGCAGGACCUACCGAAGUCAUUUACAACACAGAGAAAAAUAGCAUUACUCAAAAAGAUAACAUUGUUCGACUAGGACCUAACGAAGUUCGAAUCAAUUCAUAGGCGAUGUCAUGUAUUUACAAGCACACAGAUCUCGACAAAUCUGACCUCUGGUCAGAUGAUCUAUGUUCAAAUAAAACAAACAUAACAGAGCCUUCUUUAUUUCAGGUCAAGUUCAGCUCUCAUCAAAACUAUGUUUAUUGUCCUACUAAAGCUAUCUACUUAUUGAAUAAGACUUAUCCAUGUCCAGAUUUUCCAUUUAGCAUUCCAGUAAACAUCUCAUUUAGCGUAGCUGAUUUCACUUAUAAUCCAUCUACUCUAAGAACAAUUGGAAGCUUUAUAAUUGUAGAAGACUGUAGUUUUAAAAUAAACAUGCAUUUGGAGUCACAGAGCACUUUGCAAGGUACAAUUGCUAUCCAUGAUAGAUUAAUCAAUGAGAUACAAACUAACCACUUCAAUUCUUUUGAACAUAACACAAGUAUUUCCAAUCUAAUCAUCAUUCUCUUGGUUCUUUUAACAAUACUUGUUACUUUUGCGAUUGUAUAGCCAGAAAACAAAAUCAACAGCCUCUACAAACGAAAUGAAAGUAGAGCUGGAAAACAAAACUCAAACAAUCACAAGAAAAGAAAGAAAUCCUUUGCUGAAAAGACAAGUAUUAACCGAAAAAAAUGAGUCCGAAGACUCACCAUUCUUUAAGUAUUCUUCUAAAAUCUAACAUUUCACUUACAACCUUUUUUACUGUAUUUAACACUUAUUACUUUUAAAUUAAUUCAAUUUAAUCAAUUAAUCUAAAAAAAUACAACAAAAAGAAAGAAAACUAAAUGUAAAAUUAUUUAAUCAGCAUUUUGAACAUCUGAAUCAUCUUGAACUAAAAUAACAAUUCGCUAUAUUAAGGGAAACUCAUGAAAUUAGCUGCCCGAUGAAUGG